AUGACUAGUCAUACUGCAAUGGCACCUAAUACACUAGUUGGUUCCAGAAUAAAUUUAUAUCCUGGUGGCAAACAACCAAAAAUGAGGGAUACUAUUUGGAAUGGCUUUCCUUUAUUAAAAGUUUCUGCCCAAGAUGCUAAAUCCGAACCAUCGAAAGAUGCCAGCAAUAAUGAAAGACCCUUUAUUACUCAAGAACCAGAUGGUUUUGCAAUUAACCCAGAAAAUGACUUAAAUAAUGAUAGUAAAUCUAAUUUUGGUUUUACAAAAGAACAAACCGAGAAACUUAAAGAAACUGAAGAAAAGUUUGAAUUUCAGACCGAAGUUAGUCGAUUGAUGAAACUUAUUAUUAAUUCGUUGUACAAAACACGUGAAAUAUUUCUUAGAGAACUUAUUUCUAAUGCUUCUGAUGCAAUUGAUAAAAUAAGAUUUCUUUCUCUUACCGAUCCUAAUGCAUUAAAAGCAAAUCCACAUUUAAAUAUUACAAUAUGGACAGAUCCUGUUAAUAAAAUAUUAACAAUUACUGAUAGUGGUGUAGGAAUGACACGUCAACAACUUAAAGAAAAUUUAGGAACAAUAGCAAAAUCUGGUACAUCGGAAUUUUUAAAUGCUUUAGAAGAUAAAAAAGCUGAUAUGAAUUUAAUUGGUCAAUUUGGUGUUGGUUUUUAUUCGGUAUUUUUAGUAGCUGAUAAAGUUAUUGUUACUACAAAACAUAAUGAUGAUGAUCAAUAUAUUUGGGAAUCUCAAGCUAUUAAUGAUUUUACUAUUGCUAAAGAUCCUAGAGGAAAUACUUUAGGUCGUGGUACUCAAAUUAAAUUACAUUUUAAAGAUGAUGCUGUUACAUUUCUUGAAGAUGAUUCUAUACAUGCUCCUGAUGAUGAUAAAAAAUCUGAUGUUAAAACAAAAACGAUUGAAGUACCUGGUUGGGAACUUAUGAAUACUCAAAAACCUAUUUGGACUCGUGAGCCAAAAAAUGCCGAAGGUGAAGUUGAUUUCAAAGCUAUUGUAUAUAUUCCAUCUAGAGCUCCUGAUAACUUAUUUCAAAAAGUUCAAGAUUUUGCUCGUAACAUUAAACUUUUUGUUAAACGAGUAUUCAUCACUGAUGAAUUUUUGGAUUUCAUUCCAAAAUAUUUAGCUUUUAUAAAAGCUAUAAUUGAUGCUGAUGAUUUACCUUUAAAUGUUAGUAGAGAAACUUUACAACAACAUAGAGCUCUUCAAUUAAUUAAAAAACGAAUUAUCAAAAAAACUUUAGAUUUAAUUGCUGAUUUAAAAAAUGAUGAUGUUAAAUAUAAUAAAUUCCUUAAAGAAUUUGGUACAAGUUUAAAAGUUGGUGCUAUAGAAGAUAAUGAAAAUAGAAAGAAAAUCGCUCAUUUAUUAAAAUUCCCAAGUUCUUAUAAAGGUUCUAAUUGGACUACUAUAGAUGAUUAUAUUAGUAGAAUGAAAAAAGAUCAAGAUAAAAUGUAUUUUGUUACUGGUUCUUCCGUAGAAGAAGUUGAAAAAUCUCCUUUUAUUGAAGGAUUUGUGGCAAGAGGUUAUGAAGUUUUAUAUAUGGUUGAACCUAUUGAUGAAAUGUUAGUUCAACAUAUGCCAGGUCAUGGUGGUAAAAUGUUUCAAAAUAUCGCAAAGGGUAAUAUAGAUAUUGAUAAAAGUAGUUUUGAAGACAAGGCUCAAUUAAAAUUCAAGUUUGCAAAAUUAACUGAAUGGAUGCAAACUAUACUUACUGAUCAAGUCGAAAAAAAUCGUCUUGUUACAUCUCCCUGUGCUGUCGUUGCGAGUGAAUGGGGUUGGACUGGUCAUAUGGAAAAAAUAAUGGCCGCACAACCGUUUAAACAAGAAAAUGAAUUCAUGAGAGAAUUUUAUGCAAAACAAAAGAAAAUUCUAGAAAUUAAUCCACAUCACCCACUUAUGCUUGGGUUAUUGGAUAAAGUUGAAAAAGACCAAACAGAUGAAAAUAUAAAUGAAUUAGUCCAUGUUUUAUAUGAAUCUACUUUAAUUAGAUCCGGUUAUGUGUUGAAAGAUAAUUUAAAAUACUCGGAUAAGGUUGAAAGAAUCUUAAGGAAGAACUUGGGUAUAGAUCUUAAUGCCAAACCUGAAAUUAAUAUUGUACCAGCUGAAGACGCUGAUCCUACUGAAAAAAAGAGUUCGGAAUCAAAGGAAGAAAAUGAUUUGUUUAAAGAAUUGGAUCAAGAUGAUUCUUCAGAUCCAACUAAGCCUUCAUUUCCUCAUGAUGAACUUUGA